AUGAGGGAGGAUCGGUAUGAAAAUUCAGGAAUUACUGUAGACAACAGAAGAAAUUUAGACAGCGGUGAGCAUUUAUAUGAAGACCUUAAAGGGAACAAUGCCAGAGGAACGCAGAAGACCAGGAGGAACAAAAGGAACUCAGGACUGGCUGCAGUGUGUCUGGGGCUGCUGUGUGUUCUCCUGCUGGCUGGCAUCGCAGUGCUGUGGGUCAAGUUCAACAAACUGACUGCAGAGAGAGACCAGCUACAGACCAGCUACACCAACCUGACUGCAGAGAGAGACCAGUUACAGACCAGUAACACCAAACUGGCAGCAGAGAGAGACCAGUUACAGACCAGCUACGACUCGGUGACACGUCAGCUUCAGAAUCAGAAAGACUGUCUUCAGAAAUUCUCUAAUUUGGCGAAGGCCGUGCAGGAGGGUUGGAAGUUUUUCAGCACCAGUGUUUAUUUCAUCUCUACUGGACAGAAGAUCUGGAGUGAGAGCAGUCAGGACUGCAGAGGAAGAGGAGCAGACCUGGUGAUCAUAAACAGCAGAGAAGAACACGAGUUCAUCUUUAACAAUAUGGGCAGCAGUCGAGCUUGGAUUGGUCUGACCGACAGUGAAAGGGAGGGAGUCUGGAAAUGGGUGGACGGAUCAGCACUGACCACCGGGUUCUGGGGUGAAGGAGAACCAAAUGAUGAUAAGAAUUAUGAGGAUUGUGUUGAGAUUUCUGAAUAUAAGAAGGGCUGGAAUGACAUGCCAUGUUCUAUCCAAGAGCGGUGGAUCUGUGAGAAAAGCAUUUAG